AUGGGUGAGAUGCCAGAAGAGAAACUACAGGAGUUCAUCAACCAGGUCUCAUCAGUCAAGAUCAUGGGUUCCCAUGGAUCAACCCUUCAGAUCAAGGACAAUGAAAAGGUAAUAAUGAAGUACAAGCUCACUGAGAACUGUAUGGCAGUGGUGGCCAAGGUGGCAGAGAGGAAGGUGACAGUUGCUGUGACAAAGGUGACCAAGAUGAAGGAGAAGAAGGAAGCUGUCACAAACAGGAGCAGAGUGAAGAGGAAGAGGAAGGACAACAUCAACAAGGAAAUGGCCAGGCCCAGGAAGAAGCGUCUCAGUCCUACUUCAAUGGUUAUGUGCAAGGCAGCCAGGAUGUUGGCAGGCAUGUCAGUGGGCAUGUCAGCACUUCACCAGGCAGCCCAAGACAUGAUGGCCAAUCUCUUCAACAUGAAGCUGUGGCAGAGCAAUGAAGAAGGCCUGUGGGAGCUGCCACUGAACAAUGCACUCUUUCAGCAGAAGGGUCUCUUGGACACUGUCAUACUCCAUCUUGCCACUAGCAAUGCUGACUGGAGUGAGGAUAGUGAAUUGAGCAAGUCUCUCUUCAUUGUGAUUGACAGUUGA